AUGUCUGGCGAUAAAAUUGCAAGUGAUCCACUUGAAAAUAAAGAAACGUUAGAAGAGUUAUCGUCUGAUGUAACAAAGAAAGAUAUAACAGCUACAAUGAAGUAUGAUAAACAUCGUAGAUUAACUAUGAAGCCCUCUAGUAAUCGAUAUAAAAGAUCUGAUGAUAAUAAAUCAUCAGACGAAGGAUCAUCUUAUGGUGAACCUGAAGAAGAAGAUACUUUUGAUACAUUUAUUCUAAAUAAUUUUAGUCCGUUUUCCGGAAAUGAGAAUGUGAUUGAAUGGUUAGAUAUUACUGAUAAGAAGUUCAAUACUUUUAAAAUUUCACGUAAACAUCGAUGUCUCGCAAUUCCUUUGCUUGUCGAAGGAGAUGCUAAACGAAUAUAUAUCGAGAAUGAGAAUAAGAUAAAUACGUAUGAUGAUUUCUAUAAAUUGAUAUGGAUGGAAUAUAAACCUAUCAAUUAUAAUUUUCAACACACAAAAUCGUACUCUGGUCCACCAACAUUAAGUCAGAGUAAUUUAAUCGAGGAUGCGUCUAUACGAAAGAAAGUUGUUUUCGAUGAUAAACCGAAAAUGACUACUAGUACCUUUGAAUUAAAUGAUAGUUUACCGCAACCUCCAAUUUUACGUUCAACUGCAUUACAUGAUCUAGGAGCCACCGGUUUAUCCGGUGAUGAUCCUGUUAAUCGAUCAAAUGUUGCAAUAUCCCAGAAUACAUUUCUUAAUUCUAGUAUUCUUGAUCAAACAGCUUAUGCACUUCGUCGUGCAAUCGUUGAUAGUACUGAUAGCCCCGAUACGAUAAGUUUUGAAUGUGAAACACCUCUACCCUGCUCAAAGGCUGUUGUUGAUUUUGGUGCCACCAAUGCUAUUGGUGAGAAACCAGCUAUGAAAUUCAUGAUAGAAAAAUUUCCUUUAUAA